CCAUGAAGCAUAAAGAAAAGAAGAAACAUCUAGAAAGACCUUGUCGCACUCAAGAAGAUGUGCCAAAGCCUCAGUCAUUUAUGGAGGGACCUGGCUGCAGUCAGGCAGCAGCAGAAAAUUCAUCUACCUCUGAAUAUUUCACCUGUGUCUCUUCAUUAUCCAGUCUUUCUCACCAUGUUGAGGAUGGAACUUGCAGCAUUCAACAGGAUGCGCCUCAACCUCAGUCAUUCAUGGAGGCCCCAGGCUGCAUUCAGGCAGCAGGAGAAAAUGCAUCUGCCUCUGAAUAUUUCACCUGUGUCUCCUCACCUUCAAAGCGUCCCCGUUAUGAUGAGGAUGGAUCCCAUCAAUUACAACAAAAUUUUCCCUAUCUUGGGAAUCUUAAUAUAUCUGUGUCAGAGUCAACAUGGAAACGGAAGAUCAUGGAGUGGACCAUAGGAGGAUUCCAUCAAUUAAAAAAAUAUUUUUCCUAUUUUGGGAAACUUAAUAUGCCUGUGUACCAGCCAGCACGGAAACGGAAGAUCAUGGAGGGGCACAUAGGAGGAUUCCAUCAAUUACAACAAAAUUUUCCCUAUCUUGGGAAUCUUAAUAUGCCUGUGUACCAGCCAGCACGGAAAUGGAAGAUCAUGGACGGGUACAAAGGAGGAAUCAAGGAGAGACGUGUACCCAAGAACUUGGUGCAAAAAGAGUCUUCCUCUGACUAUUCAUAUAGCUCCAAUUCUUCACAUUCAACUAGUAAUAAGGAGCCCGGCCUCAUGAAAAUUUACUAUAUGCGUGUACAAAUGAAAAGGGGUGUGGCUGUCUUGUGCCAUACAGGGGAAGGAUGGGAGCCUCCCUCAAAAAAGAUCAAAAUGGAAGAAAUGACCUAUACUACAGAGGUGCAUAAAAAUGUCCCCCUCUCUCACAUGUCUGGGGAGAAUCUCCUAAAUGACCCUGAGCCCAGCGUAGACAGUCCAGCCCAAGAGAAAAGGGAGAAGGCUGGCUGUAACGCAGAACCUCCAAAUCUGGUGGCGUAUCGCAGGAUCCCAUUGAGGAGGGCCCUGGAGAGCGGGUUCAGGUGCCUGGCCUGCUGCCGCGUCUUUGCUAGCCUGGAGGCCCUUCAGGGGCAUGUGGAGCAUGGGGUCCAGGAGGGCUUCAGCUGCCAUGUGUUUCAUCGAGCCAUGGCUCGUCUGAAGUACAAAAAGCUUAAGAGAAAGCAGAAGAAAUUGAUGAAGGCAACAUUAAGUUGCCAGGAGGAAAAACAUUUGACACGAAGACAAACUUGAACAACUAAAGAGAAUGUUUUUCAGCCCCUAAAGGAGAGGAAGUGAAGCAGGUUAGACUCCACUGAGGAGGCUUCAUUCCCCUCAGCAGACAAAGUAUCCAACCUUUUUUCCAUUUCUAGCACCACCAUCUCUAGGACCACACCACCAAUCUGAGCAGACAGCCCCUUUUAAUACUAAGAACGAGGGACCAGAAGGCAGACCACACCAUCCCAGAUACUGCCUUACCCUCUCUCCUACUUUAUUGAUUAUACCCACACAUAUAGCAUCCAUAAAUACAUGCUUGAUGCAAAAGAGUGUAGACACUACAGGGUUUAAUAGUACAGAUCCUAAUACCCCUCCCCUGCACUGACUCCCACAUUUCCAUGAAAUUGGUCUUUUGAAACAAUUUUACAUAUUUUUCUAAAUCCAUUUAUUUAAAUGAAGAUAUACCUCUUUCCAGCAUCUCCCGAUUGCAUAUUCAUCUGCACAAUUAUUUGUCUGGAAGACAGAUAUUAUUGAGAGAGAAUAAGGUACUGCACAGAUGGAACAAAAAGCAACUAUAAUCCACCCCUUACCUUCUACUGUGGACACACAGGUGCAUAUUCACUUCUUAUACAUACAUAUUCAUGGGGAAGGAUGGAGCACAAAAUGAGUAGUUUCAAAAUCUUCUGAUAUGUAUAAUAUACAUGUGUCCAAAGUGUCAUAGUGAGUAUUUAAGCUUAAUAACUUUAGAAGGGUAAAAGCUACCAA